AAUUAAGCCUUAUAAGUAAAUGACACAUUCCCUGUACAAACUCCGAGUUUAGGUGAGAAGAAAGUUUACCCCAGAGACUGUCGAUAAACGCCGGGUACACUAAAGGGGACACGAUUCCCGGACUAACUUCCCUUCAGUUUUUGCUUUAACCAUAUAUUCUAUUUAUUCAUUAGUGUUGUCAUCUGCAAUUGCUGCAGCUUAUGCGCAACAAGGCCUCUGAAUCAUAAGAGCUUCGAUUUGUAAUUUUUUUCUGCUUAUGCGCAUGAGGGCCUCUGAACCAUAAGAGCUUCAAUUUGUAAUGUUUUCUGAUAAUUAGUGAAAGAAACCACGUAAAAGGUGAAAUGCAAGCAAACAUGGUUUCAACCGAAUCACCUAUUAACCAGAUAAUUAGUGAAAGAAACCAUGUAGAAGGUGAAAUGCAAGCAAACAUGGUUUCAACCGAAUCACCUAUUAACCAGAUAAUUAGUGAAGGAAACCAUGUAGAAGGUGAAAUACAAGAAAACAUGGUUUCAACCGAAUCAUCUAUUAACCAGAUAAUUAGUGAAAGAAACCAAGUAGAAGGUGAAAUACAAGCAAACAUGGUUUCAACCGAAUCACCUAUUAACCAGAUAAUUAGUGAAGGAAACCAUGUAGAAGGUGAAAUACAAGAAAACAUGGUUUCAACCGAAUCAUCUAUUAACCAGAUAAUUAGUGAAAGAAACCAUGUAGAAGGUGAAAUGCAAGCAAACAUGGUUUCAACCGAAUCACCUAUUAACCAGAUAAUUAGUGAAGGAAACCAUGUAGAAGGUGAAAUACAAGAAAACAUGGUUUCAACCGAAUCAUCUAUUAAACAGACAAUUAGUGAAAGAAACCAUGUAGAAGGUGGAAUGCAAGCAAACAUGGUUUCAACCGAAUCACCUAUUAACCAGAUACUUCCUGUAGGCGACGAAAGGCAAAGAAUUAAGGCUUCAGGUGUUAAAUGGCUUGGCCACGUAAAGCGCAAAUUAGAUGUUCCACAAGACGUGGCGAAACUGGCUGAGAAUGUUUUCAUAUAUAAGGUCCCUAGAUCCAUAAAGGAUUGUAAACCAGAAGCAUAUGCUCCUUUGGUUGUAUCUUUAGGACCUUACCAUCACAACAGAGAACCCAUACUAUCUUCAAUGGAUGAACUCAAGGUGAAAACAGUUCAGAAAAUGUUACAAACGUUCAAGAAAGAUGUUGCAGAGUUGGUUGAAAAGAUUGGUGAGUUAGAUACUGAAAUCAGAAAAUUCUACGAAGAAAAAAUUCAUUAUGAUAAAGAAACACUAUCCUAUAUGUUAGCAAUGGAUGCAUGCUUUAUUCUUGAAUUCUUCAGCUCCAGGAGAAAAAUUAAAGAUAGUAACCUAAUUUUUGGAGAUUAUCAUCACCAUAAUACAGUGUACCGGAAUAUAGUAUAUGACUUUAUGAAGGUGGAAAAUCAAAUUCCUCUAGUUAUUCUAGAAACGGUACUCAGUUUGGGGUAUGAUGAUCCAAGUGAUCAGUUAAGUAAGCUGUUGAUUGUCUCCCAUCUAUUUGAAGGAUAUCCUUUCUCGUUUUCGGCACCAAAGAUUGAACAUCGAUCAAAACUGCUGGAAUAUAUCAAGCCCAAAUAUAAAAUUCCUGGAGCACGCCAUCUACUGGAUCUGUAUAGAAUGGUGAUUAAAAAUCUGUUAGAAGUUUCAAGUCUUCAAUCAGCUCGCACCCCAGAAACCACAAGGCUUUCAAAAAUAGCCACAAAUCUUUUAAAAAUAAAAGAUAGAUAUUGUCGAUGGCCAAUGAAGGUACGACGAACUCGUUCGUUGCAACGAGGCCCCAGCAUGGGUACACCAGGUACGCGCCAUAACAUCAGGAACUUUACCCCCAGUGCCAAAUUAUUAUUCAAGGUUGGUAUCAAAUUUGAAAAAGGCAAGAUAGCAUUUGAAAGGAGUAGGUUUGGAAGCAGUAAGCUUUGCCUCUGUCAAAUAAUUGUGGACGACAGCACAGAAAUAUUAUUGCGGAACUUGAUGGCUUAUGAAGAGUGUCUAAGGUGCUCAUGGUCUCCGACAGAGACGGUAAUUUCGCAAUAUGUUAUUUUGUUACAAAAUUUAAUCGAUUCAGAGAAAGAUGUCUCAGUACUGAGAAAAGCUGAAGUAAUUUAUAGCGAGUGCUGUAGUGAUAAAUAUGUAGCUCGCAUUUUCAAUGAUAUUACGAAAGAAAUCACAUUUGAACCAAGUAAAGUAUUGGAUGAACUGAGGAAGGAGGCGAGAAAACAUUAUGACAAUAGAUAUAAGGUAUGGAUGAGCCAGAUUAAGGAAGAAUAUUUCUCCAAGCCAUGGUCGCUUCUCUCUUUUCUGGGGGCCAUACUUAUUUUGGGUUUGACCAUUCCACAAACUGUGAACUCUUUUAGGCAUUAAAGUAGAAUUAUUUAUAUAUCGAUGUAAUUUGUAUUAGGAUGUCCACUCAACACACCCAAGUCCGAAGGAAUAAGACUGAAAACCUAAUAUUUCCAUCUUA